AUGGCCCCGUUGUCCCACCCGGACAAGAUGGUGUGUUUGUGUACCGACACGAGCGAGGGGUUCUGGGGCGCUGUUGCGACACAGGUCCCGGUCCAGGACCUGGCCCAACCGGCGAGCGACCAGCGACAUAAACCGGUUGGCGUUCCUGAGCGGGUCGUUCCGGGGAGCGAGCGGGUGAUGGCCGAUUGUGGAAAGGAGGCGUUUGCGGUUGUUGAAUCGUGCAUGCGCCUGGAGUACCUCAUGAUCCGUCCGGGAGGGUUCCGAUUGUUUAGGGACCACCGGAACCUGCUGUACAUGUUUAACCCUCUGGGGUCGAACUCGAACAUGGCCAAGAACCAGGCCCACAAGCUCCAUCGCUGGGCGUUGACGAUGACGACGUUCCCAAAAGUCCUCUUGGACCGGACCGGAGCCUUCCGGUGGAGUCCCGGAGUGCCCGGAUGUCAGGCUGGCCCUGGCGUUCCGUUACGGAACGAAGAAUUUAUGUGGCCGACGAAUGCGAUCACGGAAUUGCAGCGCGGCCAUCCGACAUCUGUCGCUCCCGGAGCCCCAGGAGGCUUGAAAUACGUCCUGGUCAUCAAGGAUGACAAGAGCGGGUUCGUUCGGUUGCAUGUCAGUACGACAGGGUCUGCAGCAGAGACGACCGCGGCGUUGAUGGAAUGGUUUGGCCUGUUCGGGGUGGUCAAGACCUGGGUAUUCGACUCCGGGUGCCAUUUUAAGAAUGAACUGGUCAGUACUCUGGGUCAUAUGUUUGGUGUUCAUCACCAUUUUGUCACACCACACUGCCCCUGGGCCAAUGGGACCGUUGCGGUGGUGAACCGGAACGUCGCCCAGACCCUGAAGACCCUGUGUAUCGAGAUGCGCUUGCACGCCGGGGACUGGCCGGGGGUGUUAUCCCUCGUACAGCCUGCUCUGAAUCAACAGCCGACCGACCGUUUGGACGGCAUAGCGCCAACGACGGUGUUUACAGGCCGGUCUGGUCCAUCCCGAGGAGCCACGGGAGAAUGUUUUUACGUGGAAGACCUCCGGGACCUGCGUCUGCGAGAUGGGAUCUGGGAAGUCCUGAUCAAGUGGCUUGGUCUGGACGAUCUGGAGUCAUCCUGGGAGCCAUCCCUAUCAAUCUACAAAGACGUCCCUAUGCUAUUCCGUCUCUGGACCAAGGCCCGGAGAAACGAAGAGGGCGUGAGCGAAAUUAUCGACGAUGUCACGAGUGCAUUUGGUCACCCGAUGUAG